AUGAUCUUCGUGCUGUACUAUUUGGGAUUUCGAGCGUUGGUGUACGACUUUCAAAAGCUGGGAAGUGAGUCAAGGACGUGUUUAGAAAGGUGGGAAGAUCUUGAUCAGUCAAUAGGAGUUGACUCAUCUUCAGUGUCAUUUAUUGGGAACGGUCACAUUGGAGUAGAUGUGAAUGGAGAAUUAAGACAGCCUGUGAAUCACCUCUGA